CCUUUGCAUACUGCCUCAUUUAAAACUUCUGUUGUGCAUAUGUACAUGGAGUCUUUUAGCACUGAAAAUCAAGAAAAUUAAUACUGAAGUUGAAAUGACUAAUGUUAAAAGUUAUCCCAAUAGACUAGCAGUGUUUGAACAUGUACCACAAGAAAAAAGUUCGUCGUCCAAGAGAUUUGGUAGGACAGCAUCAUCACUUACUGACUCAGAUUCAGACACACAAACAGAUACAAUUAAAGCACCAAGGAAGAGACAUAAAGGUGUUAAACAUACUGAAGAACCAUUAAGUUUAAUGUGUAUGUGGUUGGAAUGCCCUAAAGUGACAGAAUACUAUGAUGAGUUUAUUAAACAUAUCUCCACCCAUGUACCUACUGAUGAUUCAGAGUCUUUACUUGAAUGUCAAUGGAGCAACUGCAGAUUUAGAACAAACAUAGCAUCUUUACUAGAUCAACACCUAGUUUAUCACGGUUAUAUAAUGAAAUUAAAAAAUAUUGGGCAAAAUGUGUUAAAGCGUUUUGAUUUACCAGACUGUACACUGACUCCCGUUGUGAACUUACCAUUGUUCGAGGGAGGAUUUGUAUGUGAAUGGAAAUAUUGUCAAGGAAUUUACGGGAAUGUUUUUUACUUCUACAACCACAUAAAACAGCAUGUGAAUUGCUUUCCAGCAUACUGUUCUAAAAAUGAAAUAAUCGAGUGCCAGUGGAUGGGGUGCUCAUUUAAAUGUUCUUCGCAAUAUAAACUCGCCGAUCAUCUUCGGUCACAUACGAAAGAGAAAAUGGUGGCUUGUCCUACUUGUGAAGCUACAUUUGCCACGAAAACCAAAUUUUAUGAUCACAGAAAAAGACAAUUACCAGUAGAAGAGCAAAGCUACCAAUGUUCACAGUGUACAAAAAUGUUCCCCAGUGAAAGACUUCUGAAAGAUCAUAUUAGAUCGCACGUGAACCAUUAUAAAUGCCCCAUGUGUGACAUGACUUGUCCAAAACCAUCCUCUUUAGCAACUCAUAUUCGUUUUAGACAUUUUUCUGAAAGACCAGUUACAUGCAGCCUCUGUGAGCAUAGAUGUGUUAAUAAGCAAGACUUGCUUCAACAUAUGUUGGUACAUUGUUCAAAAAGUCUUUUUGAAUGUGAAGAGUGUAACUUUUCUUGCCGGUCCAUGUAUGGGUUGGAUAGGCAUUAUCAAAAAGAACAUGAUCAUGAAUGGACUCAAACGUACGAAUGCCACGUUUGCAAAAAAACAUUUCAUCGUGGAAAUCACCUUACCAGACAUUUGAUAAAAACACAUGGAUUUCAUUGGCCUUCAGGUCAUUCACGAUUUAGAUAUAAGGUGGAUCCUGAUGGAAUAUACCGUUUGCAAACUGUACGUUAUGAAAGUCUUGAAGUAACACAAGAAAUAAUAAACAACAGUAGUGUGAACAAAAUCGAGGCUGAUACGAAUUACGAAUUAAAACUAAGUGUGGAAAACGUUAAUGAUAUCCCAAAAUAUGAAAUGGUGAAAGAAGAACCGAAGCAAAACAUUCUACUACCUACCAACAACAGUGUUCUAAUAACGAUAAAUGAUGUUGACGAAAGUGGUAACAUUUUAAAAAGUGAAAUAAUCGAAUCUAGUGAAGUGAAACUACUCAAAUCUGAAAUAGGAGAUGUCAAGAGUAUUCAAGAGGAAGACGCCCCAGCUACAUGUGGACGUGUGCUAAGGCCAAGAAAAAAAUGUUAAAAAGAAAUAUAUUUUUACCUCUUUUUUAUUUUAUUAUAUGAAAAUAACAUAAGGAAUAUGUAUUAUUUUCUUAUAAUAUCUGCUACUACUUGAUCUUUAAGUUAAGUACAUAUUAUGCUUAUUUUCUUAAUUAAUUUAU